AUGACUGAAAACAAAAAUUUGAAGAAGGGUACAAACGAUGCCAACAAGAUCAUUCUCUAUGUGGUUUUUAUGAUAACUUUGUUACUGUUAUAUUGUAGUGAUAGAAAUUAUGAAAUUGAAAACUCAAUAGAUUACCAUUCUGACGAAUACCAUUCAUAUUACAGCAAAGUCAUCACAUCUGAAAAUAACACAAAAAUACCAACAAAAAUUGAUGAUAACGUGAAAGAAGGGUAUGUUGUAUGGAAUGAUAACUGUCGAAUACCUAACAUAAGUGCCUACGACAAGACAAUAAAAAGUUUUAUUAAAAAAAUCAAUUCUCCUAAGUGCUUUUCAACAUUGCCAUUAACCAGCGUAAUCCUUGAUGUAAACAAAUGGUCUUACACUUUCAAAAUUAACUAUGGACUUCACUCACAAAUUUCAAAAUCAAUUGUUAAUUGUUGUUAUUCGUCAAUUGUUAGAAAUGAACUGAAAUUCAAAAAUAAUCCAAAAGAUGACGAUCGUUAUAAAGUUGAUCCAAAAUGUAAUCCCAUCAACGAUUCCGAAAUAAUUCCCAAGUCAGUCGAAUACAUGAUGGUAACAUGUGAAUUGAGACCAAAUGGUGAUAAAUUAAAGUCGAAUGUUUAUAAAGAUAUUCAUGCAAUGGUGAUCGAUAAAGGUCAGAGGCGAUUUCGAAACGCAGAAAUCACAGACAAGCCAAGCGUGCUAAUAAUAUCUAUCGACUCAUUGUCUCGCUUAAAUCUUAUAAGAUCAAUGCCUAUAACAUAUCGAUUGUUGCAAACGCAUGGAUUUGUGUCACUUGAGGGGUACACUAAAGUCGCCGACAAUACGUUUCCCAACGUAGUUCCAAUUUUAACUGGCAUGUUUGUAAAUCAAAUGACUAAACGGUGUUGGAAGAGUCCCAACGACGAGAUGGACGAAUGUCCAUUUCUGUGGAAAGAUUUUAAAGAAAGAGGUUACGUUACGGCGUACGUGGAAGACGAACCCAGCAUGGGCACUUACAACUUCGGCAAAUACGGAUUCCGGAACGCGCCGACCGACUACUACUCGCGGCCGUACAUGCUGGCGGCCGAGCGUUACUUGCCGGUAGUCAAGUUCGAUGGCAUGAACUUCUGCCUUGGCCCACGGUCCGCGCCCGACCGAGUGUACAGUUACGUUGAGGACUUCGUCCGGUUACACAGACGCCACGGCUACUUUGCCGUGUUCUGGCUGAACACGUUCAGCCACAACGACGUGAACGCACCGUCGGCCAUGGAUCAGAGAACGGCCGGCGCGUUGUCCAAGUUGCUGAACGGCCAGUUGCUGGAUAACGCUUUCACAGUGGUGCUCAGUGACCACGGGCUCCGGUUCGGGGCGAUACGCCAGACGCGCGUCGGCUGGCUAGAGGACCGGAUGCCCGCUUUCUACGCGCGCCUGCCACCCGGAUAUGUGGCCGCGCGACCCGACCACUUCGUGGCUCUGGCAGCCAACAAACACCGGUUGACGUCGCCGUUCGAUCUGCACCUAACUUUCAAGCAAUUGCUGUUUCAGCAGAACGCCGACGAUGACAACAACAGCAGUCUUCAGGCUACCUUGGCCGGCGGCUGUCCAACUUGCCGCAGCCUGUUCCACCUGGCCGAUGCCAACAGGUCGUGCGAACAAGCGGGCAUCGCGCCGCAUUGGUGCACGUGCGACGAGUACGAAGAAUUGGACCGGCGUAGCAGGACAGCAAUGGACGGUGGGGAGUACGUUGUGCGGCAGUUGAAUGCGCUGCUAACCAAGUACCAAACAGCGGUGCACCAGGGGUACGCUUGCUCUUACUUGUCGCUGAGAAAAACCGUGUCAGCACGAACCAGGGUGAACCGGGUAAACGGUCGCCGCGAGUACUUGUUGGUUGUGGAAACGUUACCGGGCCGGAGCAUGUUUGAGGUGACCGUCGGCCAGGAAGACAGUGGCAGUGGCGCGUUCGGCAUGCUUGGUGACAUAAGUCGUAUUAACAUGUACGGGUUCCAGAGCUUUUGCACGGACGACUGGAGGUUAAAGAAGCAUUGUUAUUGCGUGAAAAAAAAUCGGAAUUCUACUGGUAGUUAG